UUUUGACCAUUUUAAAAGGUCGAAAUCUUUUUAACAUAGUUUGACUGUACAACAAAAAAUGAUGACUGUCAUAAACGAUAUUCUUCGCAAUUAAUCAAUUUGAGAGAGAUAUUUUGAGUUUCUCAACUGAAAAAGCAACAUGUGGGUUAAGAUUCCAUUAUUUGUUGCUGUUUUGGCCAUAAGCUGGCCUACUCCAAUGAGCACACAUUCCAAUACUACCUUCAAAACUGCCCUAUCACAAUUUGGCAGGAAAAUUUUCAAUGAAAUACAGCUAUCAAGAAAUGAGCAAGAAAAUCAUAUCUUAUCUCCCUUUGCCAUUCAGGCCUGUUUAGCAAUGCUGCGAUUGGGUGCUGAAGGCAAAACCGCCCAAGAAUUGGAAAGGGGUCUUAAUUUUCCCGAUAUGAAUAUUCAAAAUCUUGCCUCCAACUACCAUACAUUAUUGGCCACAUAUCAACAAGGAGUGACAUUGAAAAUUGCCAAUAAAAUCUAUGUCAAGCAAAAUGAAGAACUUAAUAAAAAUUACAAUGAUCUGCUCUCCCAAAAUUUCUAUACAACAGCUGAAAAUAUAGAUUUCACAAAAACGAAAAAUGCCACAAAAAUCAUUAACGAUUGGAUUGCCUCGAAAACAGAUAAUAUGAUUGAAAACCUAAUAUCCGAGGACAAUAUCACCCCAUUUACCAAAUUGUAUAUUUUAAGUGCAAUUCAUUUCAAAGGCAAAUGGGCCACAGCAUUUCCUCAGGAAUCAACCACAGAGAAUUAUUUCUACAUGGAUUCAAAACAUUUUACAAAAGUGCAAAUGAUGAAAGUACGAUCGCAAUUUAAAUUUGGUUUCAUUGAUGAACUGGAAUCAUCGGCAUUGCUCUUGCCCUACAAAGAUUCGAAUCUAUCGAUGUUGAUCAUACUUCCCAAUGCCAUUGAUGGGCUAUCGAAAAUUUUAAAGAAAUUAACAAAUUUGAAAUUAGCCGACAUAAUUUCCAGAAAUGUCAAAUAUUCGAUGAGCCUAGAUGUACAUUUGCCGAAAUUCAAAGCUGAAUUUAAGAUCAAGCUAAGCGAUGUUCUCAAAAAGAUGGGUAUGGAGAAAAUGUUUUCCAGCGGCGAAUUUGGAAACAUGUUAAAGUCGCCAGGACCUCUGGCACUUUCCGAGGUAAUCCAUCAAGCUUCAAUUGAAGUCAAUGAGGAGGGUACAAAGGCUGCUGCCGUGGCAGCUGCUGAUGUCUAUCUGCGUUCCUCUUUGCCGAUAUUUGAUUUCAAUGCCAAUCAUCCAUUCUAUUAUGCCAUAAUAAAUGAUGAUUUUAUACCAUUUUUCGAAGGAACAUUUGUGGGAGUGUAAAGGACUUGGAUAUCUUCCGCCAAUUUUAUUUA